AUGGACUACGGUGACGAAACUGGACGGUCGUAUUGUGAGGCUGAUUUUAAUAGCAUCCAGUGUACAUCUCAUGCCUACAGCACUGCGGGUUAUUACACAAUGUGGUCUCACUGUCUCACUGAAGAUAUCCAUCUUAACGACUCAGCAACAAUAUAUGUAGGGAACAAGAUUUUCAACAUGGCGGCCCUGGUGAAUGGACAGAUGUUCGUACCGAUAACAACAACAGAGUCGAAGACGUUGACUGUAACGUACGAAUUGGGAACGGACGUGUUUCUAAACAUAACCAACGCCAUUACUGGUGACCCGAUAUACUCCGGAAACUCUACAGGAUUUAGUGAGACCAGGCUGUUUUCUGCGGCGGAUUUCGGAGGGGUACUAGGACAGCACGCCAUAAAAGUGACACUGUCUAAUCCUCUCAAUGUGGAAACGCGUUACGUGGUGUUUGAUGUGGAAGAGUUAAUUCUUACACCAGUCAUGACAACGAAUGUCGCACCAUACAUGCAUGUGUAUGACAUUGCAACAUUCAAGGAAACGAUGACUUCUGGAUCAAAUAUGAUAGGAGCCAUUGAAUUCGCGGACAUUGCCUACGUAGAUAGGAAGUUCGGACAGGUCCGCGAAAUGUGCUUGAACUACACGUGGACCGCGACAGGAACGUUUGAAUUUGACGUCAUAUUCUCCAAUAUGGUGGACAGCGAAAUAUAUACGUACAAAGUUGUAGUCCAAAAUCCCGUUAACAACAUAACAGCUAGCGGGGUAAAUGUCAUCUUCGCGAGUGACACUCUCGACAUCAAGUUCGAUAUGACAGCUGACGCCCUUUUUCCUAUGGGGAAUUUGAAUGCAUCAAUUAUAUAUGGUGAUGGUACAUCGGAUGUCUUGAAUUUGAUGUCGCUUACCCAGGGCACAACAGUCAACGACCCUUCAAAAACGUACACAACUGGCACAUACUUUGUGGAAAUCUCUGUCUUUUCGGAAAGUUCUCAUAUGAAUUUUUCGUGGACACAAUAUGUCGAACAUCCCAUUCAAGGCCUUGAAUUGGUACAUUUGCCGGAAGCACCGAUGUCUGAAUCGGUGCAGAAUGUGAGCAUCCGUAUGACCGAUCCUUCAGUAUCCCCACUCCUGAAUAUCACGUGUGUUUUCGAUAUCGACGGUACAGAAUACGUGGAAUCGUUUGAUUUGGUGUUCGGCGUCAACUUCACCAUCAUACAUCCCUUUGUUGGCGACGGCAACAAGACAAUAACCUUCAACUGUUCCAACAAACUGUCUAAUCAAGUGGGAGAAAGUUACAUGGAUCUCUACACCGACUGUUUCCUAGACGGACAACUCUUCAGCCCGAUCUACAAAAACAAAGACACACCAGUGCAGAUGUACGUAACGGAUAUCAAUAGGCUGACGGCCAAGGCUUACGUCACAGAGAUGUGUCGGAACAGCACGCGAUUUUACUGGUGGACGCUCUGGAAGGUGGAUAACGCUAAUAACCUAGUCCUACAAACAUACUAUGAGAAGGAUUAUAACCAGCCAAACUCCCUCACAAUCACUUGGAGCAAAAUGAGUAUGGCUCCAGGUCUGUACAAAAUUCAGUUUUUAUUCAAUCUCACCGACAUCGAAGGUGGCUAUAUCAUCGAUUACGUCUAUGGUAAUUUUAUGCUGCCGCCAUUCAUAGCUGGAAUAGCUGGAGGAUCUACAAGAAAUAUUGGGAAUGAUGCCGUCAUACAAAUUAACUCUAAAGACGCAUCGCAUGAUCCAUUUCUCUACAUGCAGUGGGUCCCGUUUUCGUACAAGUGGGGCUGCCGUAAAUCAGCUUCAACGAAUGCGGAAAUGUCAGAAGUCAUUGCAAACUUCCAGCUACAGAAUGUCAGUAUUGAUGUGAAUUCUUUAGGGACUGAUUGCUCUGACCCAAGCUGGCCAACGAAUGGUAUUAUUCCGUUUGACGCAGCGGCUGUCGACGAUUCUUUCUGGUACCUAUUUACUGUAGAUUUAACCAAAAGUGGAGACACGAGGAGAGGGGAGGCAAUUCAAGGCAUUUACGUGAUGCCAUCCACUCCGCCUACAAUAUCUAUCAAUUGCCUUCGUAACUGCUUGCCAAAGAUCGCUCAAGACACCAAGCUAAUCCUUGAGAGUUUGUGUCCGGAGUGUGAGCUGGGAAGGACGACGUUCGUUUGGGAAAUCGAGCUUUUCAACGAGGCCACAGGCCUGUACGUAGUAUAUCCGAAUUUGGCCGCCAUACUGGACACAGGUCUCGACGGUCCCACGCUGGCAAUAAAACCGGACUCGCUUGUAUAUGGUGAUGUUUUGAUGUUCACGAAUACGGUAACAAAGGAUGAUAACCCGAACUCUGCUACAGCGUCAUAUGUUGCCUCUGUCAACCCUCCACCUUAUGGAGGCGUCUGCGAAAUAGAACCUACUGAAGGAAAAGCUGCUGUUACUCUGUUUACCAUCGAGUGUCUUGGAAUGCUGGACGAGGGUACGAGGCUUCAGAGGGGAUCACCAGACGCUGAUAACAAUGAGGCUCUAAAAUAUAACGUUUACCAGAAGCGGAUGACACCAUAUUCAACCGUGCCCGCAUUCUCCGUCAUAGGCAUGGCAUCGGAAUCUGUCAUCAAAGCUGUACUUAACGUCGGGGAUCCUGCCAAUAAUUAUACGACGGAACUCAUUGUACGCAUCACAGAUGUAUUUCAUGGGUACACCGAAAUCGUCUUGCCCGUUACAGUAACACAGCCGAUUGAGAUUAACGACACGUGGUCUACGGAGGAUAUCCAUAAUGUCACUCAGAGCUUUGUCCUUGAUAACUUGGUAGAGGCAACCUACACUAACGACGGAAAUAUCAUCAUGCAAUACGCCGAAGCAAUUGCAUCCGUCCUCAAUCAGUUGGCGAUUGACCACAAGUUCGAAAACGACACGACCCUAUCCAACUUUGAACUUGGUGAACAGCCAAUGAAAUGGAGCGUAGGAAUGAUCGAUGCCAAUGAGUUCGGUAAUGACACGAUUCCCUAUCAGCAACUGCUGGAUGACCUGCUGGAGAUCCCGGUGGACAAGGUCCAGAACGCAGUCGUUGCUGCCAUGGAUAACCUGACAAAUGAGAUGAUAGCGGCCCUAGGCCAGUCUAAUGUUACCACUUACCACACAAUAAUGACCGCUGCUGCAGCAUUUACCAAUGCAAUCAGGGAUCCACUGAUAACGUCAAGCGCUUCUGCGAUUAAUGCUGCUGACGCCUUGGCAAUACUCACAAAUGGAUACACCAAUCUCACGGAUUACAAACUCGAUGACUUCUUCGGAAAGUCCGAUCCAAAUAUAGAAACAGCAGCUAAUACACUAUUCGAACUAGUGAACAGUCUCAUUGACGUGACGGUUCCAGCAGAACUGCCAGACACCUACGAGGCUCUGUCGAUUGUGACAACAGCAGAUGCACGGUUGUACGUAGAUUUUAUGGCGCGUGUCAACAGGGACGACGCAUACGCUUUGACAGAGGUAUCUGAUCUCACACCAGAAGAAAAGGUUGGAUUGUUCAAGAUGAGAGCUAGAAUUCAGCAGAUGAAGUUUAAACAGCAGCAGGAAUUGGCUGAAGUCACGAUGAGACAGGCCAUCGCUUCUGCUGAUUCAAUCUCUGCCAUGCUACAGAACGCCGUGUGUACGGGCUGUCGGGACGACUAUCCUUAUGAUAACUUUCAUGUGACUCUGAUCAAUGACUACCUAAUGAACAUAGACCUUAAAAUCGGUGACGUAGAUGAUUCAAACGUCACUCUUGACGGCAUUGGAGAUCCAUAUUUAGUCAUUAAAUUUACGCAGAGGUCUGUUACCCAGCUCCUCGAGAAACAGGUGGCGUUCGGGCAUUGUUUCUCAUGA